GGGUAAAUUGUGACUGAACAAAACUCUUCCGUAAAUCCGCAAGAGGCGAAGUCUGGGCAUUUCAGCUCAUUUCCUGAGUAUCUUUGCCUGGGACCCUUAGCAGUAGUUCAGAUACCAGCCACUGAGAAGCUACUCAAGCUGGAGGCGAUUUGUGAUCGCCUUUCCCCGCAUUGUUGAUGCAUCUGGUGAUGGACGGAGUACCACACGACAUGUAUAGGUCGACAGAAACCGAUUAAACCAGAUCACGAUUUAUCGACCACAGUGGACGAGGAGGAGGCGCCGAGGGAACGUUGUUGUUGUUUGGGUUGAGCUGACUCCAUCUGCACUGGAAGUUAAAAAAAAUGUGCAAUGGAAUGUUAGACUCAAUGUCAAAUGUCUUUGGACUGCCCACCUCAUCUGACAAGCAGUCACUUUCUUUGUUGUUCUUCCUGACCGUGCUAGCCACAGGACAAGGGUCAGGAUGUGUGAGGCCAUUCAUGGUGCAGAACAGCUGGGUUAACUUGACAGAGACUAACAGGGGUUCAUUCCCGGUGGGCACGGUACUCCAGUACAGCUGUGACCCAGGCUAUCUAGCUGAUGGGCCCACCAUCAUCACCUGCUCCUCUCUGGGCCACUGGACCUCAGACCCACCCCGCUGCAUACGGAGUGAUGCAGUGUGUCGGCCUCCGUCUGAGCCAUUGAAUGGAGGGUACACCUGCCACCCUUCACCAUGCCACCGGCUGGGCCAGGGUACAGUGAUUGAGUACUUCUGUGACGAAGGCUACAUCCUGAAGGGAGACUACAAGUACAAAUACCUUACCUGUCAGGAUGGGGAGUGGGACGGCCCGAUGCAAAUCAGCUGUGUCAACCAAGGAUGUUUGAGGCCGUUCAUGGUCCAGCAUGCCUCAGUCAACCUGACAGAGACCAGCAGAGGGUUCUUCCAUGUGGGCGCAGUCCUCCAGUAUAGCUGUGAUCCAGGCUUCGUGCAGGACGGGCCCAACAUCGUCACCUGCACCCCCCUGGGCCGAUGGUCAUCAGAUCCUCCCGGCUGCGUACGCAGUAAUGUGUGUCUGCCUCCGUUUGAGCCCGAGAAUGGGGGCUACACCUGUCACCCGUCUCCCUGCCAUAGCCUUAGUCAUCGCACUGUGAUCGAGUACUUCUGUGAUGAAGGCUACAUUUUGAAAGGAGACUACAAAUACCUGACAUGUCAGGACGGGGAGUGGGACGGCCCCAUGCAGAUUAGCUGUCUCCUGGACCAAGUCAGAGAUCCUGCACCUCCGUUGGGCAUACCCACCCUGUCAAUUGUGGCCUCCACCGCCAGCUCUGUAGCCCUUAUCCUGCUGCUUGUGGUCCUCUUUGUCCUGCUGCAGCCUAAACUCAAGUCCUUUAACCACAGCCGGCGGGAGCAGGGUGUGUCCGGCCAGCCGGUGUCCAUCAUGGUGGAGGGGGUGCAGGUGGCCCUGCCCUCCUAUGAAGAGGCUGUGUGUGGCGGGGGGUCUCUGAGUCUCAGCUCAGAGGCCCGGGUUCAGAUAGUGCUGUCAGAGGGCCAGCAGGCCUCAGGGACCACAGAGCCUCUCAUCGCCCCGGUGGGACUCUCCAGGCCUUCCACCCUCUCUCAGCUCUCAGAGAUGGCAGUGGCUGGCUCGGUACUGCCGACCUCCCCCACAUCCCCCUCCUCCGGCUGGGACCCAGAGCAGGCUGCUGCUGCUGCACCGUCACGCUCACAGCGGAGGGACUCGACGAGGGGCGGCCAGUACAGCCUUCCCCUCCACGACCCUGAGACAGACUACUCUGAUGAUAUGCCUUUGUUAAAGGAGGCCUGAAUCUUGCUGCAGCCACUUGGGAAAACGUCUACGGAAUCCCCAUUGUCGUCGACAGCUUUUGCCCUGCUGUGUGGAUCCGGAAGCCUGUUUGGAGCUCCCCAAAGCAGCCUCUGCCAAAGCAACACAGACUAGACCCAACACCCAAGCACUAACUCAGGCUGUGUUUUGCUUAGCAGAAUAAUGUUCUCCAUCCAGAGGAGAGCGCAGAAUGGUUUCAUGUGUAUAUACGUGCUUAGCCGUUUUAUAGGACUCUUUACACUGUGUCCAGUGACUGACACUUGCUCUUUUGUUAUUUGCUCAGCUCUGAGGCAUUCAGCUGAAAAAGCGAGCGAAAUAAGCACCGUAUGUUAAAGGAUGUUUUUGGAAGGCUGGAUAUGUUAUUUGGAAGAUCUUCACUUAUAAUUUGUAUUUUAAUUUUUUACGCUUUGAGAAUUAUUGCCGAUUUUAUACCAUUUCAAGGUGUUUUCCUCACUGCAGAACAUACACAGCAGCACAUUAUGAAUGAUGCAUGAAGGCCACUGUAACUUAGAAUGAACUAAUCAUUUUAACAUAUACACAUUUUUACCUUUACAUUUCAUCAAUAGGGAAGUAUUUAUUUAAUAUGGAAUAUUCUGGUUUGGGUUAUUUGUGGCAAAACUAUAUGGUGUCACGUUCUGAUUGUGGUUUUGAGCUCAAUGUUUUAUUCACCCACUUAUUAGAUAAUUUUUCUGUUCAAGUACACAUCUCAGUUCAUUUAUGUCUUUGUAUUCAUGUAUGCACAUCCUUUCCCCAUUGGCCUUAGAGCUCCACUUCUAUGCACAAAGAACAACUCUAUUGGACUUCUUGCAACUAAAAAAGGAUUUUUAAAUGAAUGUAAAUUCCACAGUUAACAAAUUGGAGGUGGUUUUUCUUGGAUAUCUAUGUUAUGUUAUACUUUAUUUAUUUGUAGGUUGUUUAAAAUGUAGUAUAUGUUUAGAUAAGAACUAAAUUGAGUAUGUAAUAUAUUCAUGAAUGCUGUUGAUCAGCAAUGGUUCCUUUGAUGCUUCCACAAUUCUUGGAAAAGGACAUUAAAACCUAUGUUUUAAUGAGAACAUAAUGAGUAAGACUCUACAGUGAAUUGGAAUACCCAUGAAUUCUGAGAACCUGGUAAUUAUUAUGUACAGAUGCUUAUUGCCAUGUAUUAAAUGGUUUUGUUUUCUUUGAGACUAAACAAUUUAGUUGUGAAAAUAUUAUUUUAAUAUUUGUAAAGUUUAAGUUAAUUUUACUCUGUAUAUACCCUGCAAUCAUUUUAAUAAAAUAUAAUUUGAGCUCUA